CUUCUAGUUAUAGCAAUUAAUUAGCUCCAUUUUUUCUUUUGACAAAUAUUAAUUCCUGAGAGAAAUGAAGAUGAAGGCUGUUAAUUUCAUGGUGAUUGCUGCAGCUUUAUUCUUGGUGUUUUCUAAUUUCAUGAACGUUGCAGAAGCCUUUGAAGGAAUGGAUGUAAUACAUGUUGCUGGCAAAGUUCUUUGCCAAGACUGUACUCAGGGUUGGAAUGAAUGGGUUGAUGGUGCCAAACCCAUCAAAGGUAGUAUAGUAUCACUUACAUGCCUAGAUGAGAGGAGAAGAGUAAUGUAUUAUGGAAGUGACCUCACAGAUGAAGCUGGAAAAUUUGACUUGAUUGCAAACACAACUUGUCAUGGCAAAACCAUUAAACCUCAAAAUUGCUUUUUGAGAUUGGUUUCUUCACCUGAUCCUGUUUGUAACAUUGCCACUGACUUCGCCGGAGGAAAGUCCGGUAUAAAGCUUCACCGUCCGACGGUGAUUUACAGGGAUUUGCUCAAAUAUGUGCUUGGUCCUUUCUACUACACAACUCCCAUGUGUGAUGAACCUGAUACUAAUGAUGAUAAUUUGGAGUCUGAUGAUGAAGGCAAAGAGAACAAUUAUUAAUGAAUUAAGUUCUUGACUUUCUUUCUUUUUUCUAGUCGUUUUUUCCCCUUUUAUUUUCAUCUUAAUGUUUGUUUUUUAUCAAAUUGCCUCUUGCAAAUGGCAAAUGGCAAUUUAUCUAUGUUGGAUGAAUUGACAUUUUUCUUAUGUACUAAUUUCUUGGAAAAGACACAUUUUGAAUUGUUGAUUGACAGAUAAUAGAGGUAUGUCUUUUAUUAA